AUGCUAUCGUCAAGCAACGUGAUGCGAACUAGCAUCCUCCGAACAGGAAGAUUGGCCUCGCGAAACACAGCACUUCUCGCACGCUCAGCAACAGCUCAGAUUCAAACAACACGUCGAAACUUUUCUUCCAGUCAACGAACACUCUGCGCAAGCUGUGCAACUUCAGGAGGACAGUCAUGCGCCCGGCAUAGCCCUAACAGUCGCGCUAGCGCCGGAAACAUCACCACAAGCUUCAGUGCUAACAGUAGCCUCGGCAAGACUGCCACUUACGCUACAGCUGCUAGCCCCGUCAUUCCUAAUGAACAGUGGGCACAGGUUUUGGAAGAACGAGGUGGAGCUGUCCAAUAUAAAAAGAUCCCUGUUCCAACGCCAGGCUCCGAUGAGGUCCUGAUCAACGUCAAGUAUAGUGGAGUCUGCCACACAGAUCUUCACGCCGUCAAUGGCGACUGGCCACUUGAAUCCAAGAUGCCCCUUGUUGGCGGUCACGAAGGUGCCGGUAUUGUAGUAGCACGAGGAGAACUCGUCAAAGACGUUGAAAUCGGUGACCAUGUUGGCCUCAAGUGGCUGCAUGGCUCCUGCAUGAGCUGUGAGCAGUGUCGACAAUCUAACGAGUCACUUUGCUCAAAGGCUUCUCUAUCAGGAUAUACUGUCGAUGGUUCGUUCCAGCAGUACGCUGUAGGAAAAGCUGCACACGUUGCACGAAUUCCCAAGGACUGUGAUCUCGCUGGUGUAGCACCUAUUCUGUGUGCUGGACUUACAGUCUACAAGGCUCUCAAGUCCUCUGGCGCUCGACCAGGACAAAGUAUCGUUAUUGCUGGCGCUGGAGGCGGUCUUGGCAGCUACGCUAUUCAAUAUGCCAAGGCCAUGGGUCUACGAGUAACUGCUCUUGAUGGAGGAGACGAGAAGCGCAAGGUCUGCACUGAGCUUGGUGCUGAUGUCUUUGUUGACUUCAAGACAUCGACAGACAUUGUUGGCGAGAUCAAGAACGCUACAGGUGGCCUCGGCCCCGAUGCUGUUCUGCUUCUUGCAGCCAGUGAGAAACCAUUCCAACAGGCUAGUCAGUAUGUCAAGAGCAAGGGCACGAUAGUCUGUGUUGGGUUACCAGCCAAUGCCUUCAUCAAGGCUCCUGUUUUCGACACUGUCGUUCGUGAAAUCAACAUCAAGGGCAGCUACGUCGGUAACCGACAGGACACUGCUGAAGCCAUUGAAUUUUACAGACAAGGUCUCAUCAAGGCACCAUACAAGAUUGUCGGAUUGUCAGAACUCCAGAAGGUCUACGAUAUGAUGAUUGCAGGCAAUGUUACUGGCCGUUAUGUGGUGGACACCAGCAAAUGA